AUGGCUGGGAUCGCACCACUACAGGCGCUGACAGAGUCAGCGCAAAAAGUACAGCCGAAGAAACAGGUCAAGACGCGCAAGGAAAAGCGCGCACCUACGUAUGCGCCGGUCUCCAAGAAGCAAAAAAAGCAAACACUCACAUUUGACGAAGAUGCUCGUCGCGAGUAUCUCACCGGUUUUAGCAAGCGGAAAAAUCAGCGUAGACAGGCUGCGCAUGAUCACGUCCAAAAGGCAAUUCGGGAAGAAAUCCGGAACUCGCGCUUGGCGACAGCUGAAGCACGAAAAAGGCAAGCGGCUGAGAACGUCCGCGCUGAACAAAUUGCUUAUGGACUACUAGAUUCCGACCAUGAUGAGGAGGAGGAAAACGAGGAUCGUGACAUACAUGGAGAGCGCGAGUUCGAAACCGACACACAGCGUGCUCAUGUCACCAUCCAGGAGCUUGACGUUGACGAUUGGCCCGAACAGAGACCCACAUCAUCAAACAUACACCCGAAGUAUCCCCGUUCUGAGCGGAACUCUCAUCAGUCACCUGAAGCAAAGAAGCCAAAACCCUCUUCUAUGCAACGAAACGAUCGUGCGCCGGCGAUCCCAUCAGGAAGCUUGACAGGUAUCUUGGAGCCUGAAGUGGCGCAAGCUGCUAUGGCGGACAAAAUCUUCCGGGAUACCAAUGUAGAGAAUCAGACCGCUAUCGACGCUAAACCCAAACGGCCACAUUCCUACAUGUCCAAAGCUGAGCGACAGCAGGAGCGGCAGCUCCAGCGUGCUUGGAAUCACGCACAGGCUGAGAAUCGACGAGCAGAGAAUCGCGCGAAACGCACGUCUCAAAGCAAACACAAACGGACAUAA